AUGGCCAACCCCAGCCGCCAACUCCCACCAGAACUCCUAUCCUCAAUCCUCGCCCACCUCCAACUUCCAUCCCCAGCAAUCAUCGGCCGAGAACGAUGGGAGCACCUCAAACGGCAGAAUGACGAAGAAUGCGGCACGACCCUAGAUAUGAACUCCGCCGACUACAUGGCCAAACUCGCGACCAAUGACGACCAGUACGCCGCCAGGAUCAAGACUUUAAAUGAAGAAGUUCCCGCGCACCCUUCGGAGAGCCCUGGGAAGUGCAGACUUGUCAAGCGAGUGGUGCUGGAUCCAUUCGCAGCGAGCUACCAGAACAACUGGAAGCACCGCGUGGCUCGUCUAGGUCUCAGCGCUCGACUCGUCGACGAAUUCCAGAAGUUCGCCAGGGGAGACGUCCCAGACGCACAGGUCGGCUUCCUCCUCUUCCUCUGCCCGAACAUCGAGAUGCUCGACGUCUCGGCAUCUUUCGAUUGGCAUAUGGGACUCAUGGCGCCGCUGUUUGCGGAACUGAUGAAGCUGCGGCCGCACACGCUGUUUCGUGGUGAUGGGGCGGUCGAUGGCGUGGGUCGUGGAGAGAACUUCGAGUUACCAUUGCGGAGGUUGAAGGAGCUGAGCUUGAGGAUCUGUGAUACGAAUUAUGUCGCCGGCACCGGGAUGUUUGAUGAUUUGAUACGGAUGCCGGUGAUUGAGAUGCUGACGCUGAUCACCAUGCCGCAAGUCAUCGGCAAACAGCGAUUUGAAGACCACUUCCCUCUCACGCAGAGUAAAUUCGAAUUCGGAGUUCAGCAGAUACAAGGCGGUCUUCAUCUCCUUGGUCCAGCUGAUAGGAGUUCUGGCCUUACCCUGUUGACCUCUCCUUUGAGGUGGCAUCUUUGGAGUUUGCUGUUAUAG